CAUUGUAUUGAAUGUAUUUUUUUCAGUUGGUGGUGGUGGUUGCAUGUAAAUAUGUAAGGAAAUUCGGCAUAUGUACGUUUGGUCACCACGAAAGACUUCAAUGCCGAACAAGUUCUUUAGUUAUUUACAAAUUGUUGUUGAGGGCGGACUACAACUUUGUCGCGGUAUUCUAUUGUUUCAAGCUUCAUACUUAAGUAUUUACAUGCUCGAUACGGUUGUGAAAUAUACAUUUAAAAAAUAUACGAGUUCAUUUUUAUUAUGUACAUAUGUACAUAUUUAUGUACUAUGUACAUGUGUUUAAUGUGCUUAAAUUAUCCAAUUAUCCUGAAUGAAAAAUGUAAGUCCAGGAUUCAAAAACAGUACUACUAACUAAAGCAAAAUUUCCCUCAGCGAACGCAUAAAACAGGAAACGAGCAAAUAACUAAUGAUCUCAAAUAAAGACAUUCACAGUACGAAUUAUUAAAAACAGGAAAUUUAGAUAUUUUUAAUCAUACAAAAUGAUUUUAAUUACAAGGAAGCAUUUUCUAUAUAUAUGUAUUUUACUUUUGACACCAUCUUAUGAUGCAACUGGAUUACAAGGUGUGCCGUCAUGGAUAUGCCUUGGCUUAAAAUCACCUUUUAUUAAAUUUGGAAUUAAGGAGGAAGAACUAGCUAAUACAAGUAUUCCGCUAAAUAUUACUAAAGAUGAACAAGCAUAUAUGCAUCAAGAGGGUCUUCGUAAGCUCGGUACUUUUAUUAAGCCUAUCGACCUAAGAGACUCAACGACUGGUUUCGUUAAAGCCGAUCUCACAAAAAGACUGACAUUUGAUCCGCCAAGCACAGCAUCUCGCCGUAUUCAUCCAAUACAGGAGGAAAUGAAUCAAAAGCAAAUUAUACUUCUUGAUGAAGAUACAGACGAAAAUGGAUUACCGGCCAGCUUAACAGAUGAAGACCGCAAGUUCAUAGUACCCAUGGCUUUAAAGAAUAUAUCACCUGAUCCUCGUUUGCUUGGUAUAAAACCAACUUCCUCUGUCCUCAAAAAUGAAAAGUCAACAAUAGCAUCCAGUAGUUCUUCAACACAACUGACCAUUAGUUCCACCUCUAACAUCGAUGACUUAAAGAAACACAUACUGUUUCUACAUAAUAUGACCAAAACCAACACAAACUUUGAAUCGAAGUUUGUUAAAUUCCCUAGUCUACAAAAAGACAAGACUAAGCCAUUGGAUGGAAAUUUUGCCAAGCCGGUAAAGCGUCCGCAAAGACCAAUUUUUCAGUAUUCAGCGCCCAUUGCCCCACCAACUCAUAAGGUUCUGCAAGAAUCUCCUGGGUAUCACCAGAUAAAUAAUUCCAGUGAUGUUAACAUUAUUGAUGCUGACAAGAAAAUUUCCACAGAGACUCAAGUGCCUUUGUUAUAUGAAAUACAGUCAACAACUGCUCCGGCAGAUGCACAAAUUAUACCAAUCAUUAAUACAACACCUGUAUUACGCACAACGAAACGCCCGCCUUGUCUGCGUAAUCCUGACUCGCCAAAAUGUAUACGACAACGCCGUCGAGAGGAACAACAGCGGCAGCGAGAACGUGAUGACUGGUUCCGAGGUCAAUCAGAAUAUAUACAACCCAAUUUUCAGCCAAUUGUACAAACAAUUAAUAACACCAAGCGGUUCGCAGUAUCUAUUGAGAUACCAGAUUCAUUUAAAGUUCACUCUACAUUUACUUCAGCAUCUAAACGAUCAGAGGAAGAAUUACUGUCACGUUUAGAACGUUCUCAACCCAGAACCAAUAACCACAUGGACGACAUAGAAAUUGGUUCAGAAUAUAACCCGAUACCAUUUUCAAAAACUGAAGGUUAUUAUCAGAAUCAUAUUGUGAUGACAUCCGCAAAUGUUGCUAGCGAGCAGGACUUUCUAAGUGACAAAUACAAUGUGUCUUCUGUAAAUGAAAACAAUAAUGACACAUCUUCAGAUUCUUAUACUGAACAAAUUGAUAUAAAUCCAAAAAAUUGUUUUGGCAUCAAUGGCUUAAGUUACAGUCAAAAAAAACAAUGUGUAAAGCAUACAAGUGUCAUGCCAGCAAUAAGUCGUGGAGCUCGAGCAGCAAUUCAAGAGUGUCAAUUUCAAUUUAAAAAUCGCCGGUGGAACUGCAGUGUCACUAACGACGAAACAGUUUUUGGUCCCAUGACGAGCAUAGCGGCACCUGAAAUGGCAUUUAUUCACGCUCUUGCCGCCGCAACAGUGACCAGUUUCAUAGCACGUGCCUGUAGGGAUGGCCAAUUAGCUUCUUGUGGCUGUUCUCGUGGCACUCGGCCAAAACAACUUCAUGACGAUUGGUCUUGGGGCGGAUGUGGCGACAAUCUGGAAUAUGCCUAUAAAUUUGCAACGGACUUUAUAGAUGUUCGUGAAAAGGAAGCUAAUCGAGAAACUCGUGGAGUUAAUCGAAAUCGAGCACGCGAAGGAAUUAAAAAAAUUCGAAUGCAGGCUGACGAUACAAAAAUAUCUGAAGAUUUUAACAUAGAAAUAAAAAAAAGUGAAAAAGAUUUACAACAAACACAGAGCAACAAACUAAAAGAUAUUCCACUCAAGAAUAAUAGCAAAAGUUCAAGCACACACCAGGACCUUUUAGAGCUUCAGCAGCGUAUUACCAAGGAAAUAUUUAAUUCGAAAUUAAAGGAAAGUGAAAUGCUGGAAUUAAAGGAUAAAAUUAAUAGAGAAAUUAUAAAUUCAAAAUUUUUUAACGGAGACAUUGUCGAGCAACGCCGUAAGGGAAAGCGAAAAAAUCAACGUGCUGUAAUAGAUGAACCAGUAUUACCAAUAAAUCGGUUUAUCAGUAAUGCCAAAGAAAAUGAUAACGUUGGAAUUCAAGUUCGUACCACUGCGAAGGCAAGAAGCCUAAUGAACUUGCAUAAUAAUGAAGCGGGACGUAGAGCGGUGAUUAAAAAAACCCGUAUAACCUGCAAGUGCCAUGGAGUCUCUGGAUCAUGCAGCUUAAUUACUUGCUGGCAACAAUUGUCUUCUAUAAGAGAAAUAGGUGAUUAUCUGCGUGGGAAAUAUGAACAAGCAACAAAAGUAAAGAUUAACAAACGUGGACGGCUUCAGGUAAAAGAUUCUCAAUUUGACGUGCCCACAGCCCAUGACCUUAUUUAUAUGGACGAAAGCCCGGACUGGUGUCGUACUAGUCACAUAAUACACUGGCCAGGUACUCAUGGACGUGUUUGCCGUAAAAAUUCAUCAGGACUAGACAGCUGUGCCAUACUUUGCUGUGGCCGGGGCUAUAAUACUAAGAAUAUUAUAGUUAAUGAGCGCUGCAAUUGCAAGUUCCACUGGUGCUGCCAGGUUAAAUGUCAAGUUUGUACAAAAGUACUCGAAGAGCACACGUGUAAAUAAAAAUUAUAAAUUAGUUUUAAUUUUAAAAUUUACAUGUCAGAACGAUAACGGCAGCUUUUACACAAUAUAUAAAAACAUAUUUGGCUUCCUAGUA